AGAGUGCUUCAUUCCGAAAGGUAGAAGGGACGCAUUUCCUGCUCCGUUAUUUUCUUCCAAUCUCAUUUUUUUUUUUAAUCUGAUAACAAAAAAGAAAAAAAAAAGGGAAAAGAAGGGAGAAAGAGGGAGAGAGAGAGAGAGAGAACACCAGUCGUUAUUCAAACCCUCCAUUUAUUCUAUCCGUGAGGGAGAUGCAAGAAUCGGAAACGGGAAACCUGCAUUCUUAUGGAUUUCUGGACGGACUUGGAGCUAGGAUCGUAUCAGAGGGUCAAGUAAAAGAGCGAUCGUUGAUGCCGUGAGGUCGUUUGGAGUGGAUACUUUGGUCGAUUUGGCCGAAUAUUCCUUUGGAGAAUGAACGGCGGGGGAGACGCAGAAGUUGCUUCUCCGGCGGGGCCGCCGCAGUCGCUUGAGUGGAAAUUCUCUCAGGUUUUUGGGGAACGGACGGCUGGGGAAGAAGUUCAGGAAGUUGAUAUUAUUUCAGCAAUUGAGUUUGAUAAAACAGGAGAUCAUCUUGCUACUGGUGAUCGAGGGGGCCGAGUUGUCUUAUUUGAACGGACUGACACACGGCAUCAUGGAUUUCGAAGGGAUCUUGAGAGGAUGGAUAAUCCAAUUAGUAGGCAUCCAGAGUUUCGGUACAAAACAGAAUUUCAAAGCCAUGAACCUGAGUUUGACUAUCUUAAGAGCUUGGAAAUAGAGGAGAAAAUCAACAAGAUCAGAUGGUGCCAGACAGCCAACAGUGCCCUGUUUCUUCUCUCCACUAAUGACAAAACAAUUAAGUUUUGGAAGGUUCAAGAAAAGAAGGUGAAGAAAAUAUGUGAGAUGAAUGUGGACCCCUCGAGGGUGGGAAAUGGUAAUGUUGCCAGUUCAAGUGUAACAGCUGGUGUGAAACCAUAUCUUGCAAAUGGAGUAUGUCCAGAGAGAUCGUACAAUUAUUUGAGCAAUGACUUUGCAUUUUCACCGGGAGGCAUUCCGUCAUUACAUUUACCUGUGGUAGUAGCAAGCCAUGAGACAAGCCUUGUGGCUAAAUGUCGAAGAAUAUAUGCUCAUGCUCAUGACUAUCACAUAAAUUCCAUUUCAAAUAACAGUGAUGGUGAGACUUUCAUAUCUGCUGAUGAUCUGCGAAUAAAUCUUUGGAACUUGGAAAUAAGCAACCAAAGUUUCAAUAUUGUUGAUGUGAAGCCUGCAAACAUGGAGGAUCUAACUGAGGUUAUAACAUCAGCUGAGUUCCACCCAACACAUUGUAAUAUGUUAGCAUACAGUAGCUCAAAGGGUUCAAUCCGUCUUAUUGAUUUGCGGCAAUCCGCUUUAUGUGAUAAUCAUACAAAAUUGUUUGAGGAGCAGGAGGCACCUGGUUCAAGAUCCUUCUUCACAGAGAUCAUUGCCUCAAUCUCAGAUAUUAAAUUUGGAAAGAAUGGCAGAUACAUACUUAGCCGUGAUUACAUGACUCUUAAGCUAUGGGACAUAAAUAUGGAUGCCGGUCCAGUUGCAACUUUCCAGGUUCAUGAAUAUUUAAGGCCUAAGCUAUGUGAUUUAUAUGAAAAUGAUUCAAUAUUUGAUAAGUUUGAGUGUUGUCUGAGUGGAGAUGGUCUUCGAGUUGCAACUGGCUCAUACAGCAAUCUAUUUCGUGUAUUUGGUGUUAUGUCGGGUAGCACCGAGGCAUCAACUUUGGAAGCUAGCAAAAAUCCCAUGAGGAGACAAGUACAGACCCCUUCACGGCCUUCUAGAUCCCUGAGCAGUCUUACACGUGUAGUCAGGAGAGGUGCAGAUAGUCCUGGAGUUGAUACAAAUGGAAAUGCUUUUGAUUUCACGACAAAACUACUCCAUCUAGCAUGGCAUCCAACAGAAAAUUCUAUUGCCUGUGCUGCUGCAAACAGCCUGUACAUGUAUUAUGCGUAAAGAUGAUCUAAGAAGACGAGCGUUGUUUUCUGGCAAUCUCUUUUGGGUUGCUGUUGUUGAAGGUCAGUUGAUCUUCUCCACCAGCCAGUGAGACAAGCAGCAUCAUCCAACACAUCUUCAACAUCCCUUAAGUUGUAGAAUGCGAUCGCAUAUUGGGGACCAGAAGUGGCUGUUGCAGAAUCCACGAGGAUGUUAACUGUCAUUUGUUGCCAGGCGGGCUGCUUGUCUCUGAGGCUCUGAUUAUUUUCUUUCCUUUUUCUAAGAGAAGAUGCAGUUCCGUUCUUAUUUUGUUGGGUUUAGAUCAAAGAAAAUGUGAUUGUAGCUCUCCUACAACCAAAACAAGGCUGUUCAAUACUGCCACUAGGUUUGAGAUCAAAUUUGAUGAAACAUAAUUGUUCCAUUACACCGAUCUCAUUGUCACCUGGGGCUUGGGGCUUGUAUUGUUGAACCUGCAUUUUGGGGACUUUGAAAUUUUAUCAUGAUGAUUGUAGUCUUCUACUUAUAACUUCCAUGCUAAUUAUCCUUCGUCUCCGUUUGGAACGUGGGAGUCACCAAUCUGUUAAUCUGCGUUUCUGAUAGCCGCAGAUUCAUCGUCUCCAGAGGUGGAGUUGAUAUCCUCGUACUGGUUCAUCUUCGCUUGGGCGGGUCGAGGCCUUGAGGGUUCUCUGUUCUGAUUGUUAGAACAUUUGUAAAUUUAUGAGGUGGUGUUUUGAAUAAGACUGCUUGUUUGUUUGAGUCC